CAUGAGUGAAAUUACUAUGGAGAUAGAUUUUCGCCUUUUCACCUUGCUUCCUCUUGGUGGAAGACGAUGGCUUCUUUCACAAAAGAACGUGAUAGAGGUUUACGGUGUGACAUUGAAGUUGGAGUUUUGUUGUGUGAUAACGUGGCCAAUGUGACUUCCUCACAGAGCCUGUGGUUGAGAGACCGAAUUCACGGCACAGUUGGUGUGGAGAAGGGGGUAUACACAAGUUCACAUAAUGGAACUCCAUAUGCCUCCGGUCUCCAGCUUGGUGUUCAGUUUAAAGUUGGAUUUCGGCGAGAUCGGUGUGUUGGCGUGCAAUUCAGAGACUUCCAUUCCGCGUGUGUUGAACUUUUGAUGAGCCAUCGCCGAAUAAAUAAUACGGUGCGCCCGAUUCACCUGAUUUAUAAUGAAUGGAACUUAAUUAAGUGUGUUUAAAAAUCAACAAACCACGUGUGUGUGCUAACUUCCAUUUGGAUUUUUUUUUGAGUUAUUUUGCUAUGUUGGAUGCGUGAGUGCUACGAACCCCCUUCAUUUAUUAAUUUAGCAUUUAUUGAAAUAGCGUGUGCAUCCAUUUGAGAAAUAUAAUUGGUAUAAUAGUGAAAGUUUUUGACUUGAAGAUUGUCAAUAAAUUUAAUUUAUUAAUAUUGCCUUUGGUCAAUAUCUAGUGAAGUGAGUUGUUGUAUUGAAAAUCUCAAGUGUUGGUGACAUCUUUUGCAAUCACUUCUUGAGACCAUUGAGACAGUGAAUUGUUCAGCACUGCGAAAUGUUGCAGAGUAGAGGCUGAAGCAAAAAAAAAAAAACAUUCUACCAAUUUAUGUUUUUUCUCUGCAAAAAAAAUGUAUGGGAUUCACCUUUUCUUCCGCCACACUUCCACCUCAUUAUUGACGGCACUGCCUUGAAAAAUGUCCCGACAUUUAUUUUUAAUCUCCCAAAGUGAAUCUGAAUUGAAUGCCAGCCAGAUAAGUGAGACAUAUCCAAUGUGCCAAAGGAUGGAUAGCGUCAUCAUUGAGGAUAUUGAGUGCGCGCUGGUGUGAUUUGUGUGAAGGUUCCUCCUCCAGAUGUGGAGGUGGGCAGACAUUCUGUUUAACGGAAAAUGUGGCCCAAGAAGGGUCUCUAUCGCGUCGCAAGGAGCCACCGUCAGCUAGAGCUGCCUGUGACGCUAUGCAAUCUCGGUGUGGGUGCAACAUUUGGCGAAUCAGUUCUGCACGACCUACCUCGAGACAGUACCGUCGUUACAAAGACUACGUGUGAGCUUCUGCGUGUCGAGCAGCAGGAUUUUCGUCUCAUCUGGGAGAAAAAUAAGGAGUUGAUGACUGACAUCAUAACAAAUUGCAAAUUGAAAAAUGGUGUCUCAUCCGUUGUUUCUGCCGCACAGACAAAGCGACCACUUAGUCCUGACCACCCAAAUCCCGCCCUGCCUAUUACUGAGUCCCCCAGUCCAACGAUGUUUCGAAUGGGAUGGGCUCUGCGAACCCUGCUCGUAUCUGAUACAUCGAGUUGCCUCAAAGACCGAAAGGUGUCUGGAAAAUUAGUUAGAAAAUGCGCCCCAGGUACGGAGCUGGUGGAGUGGCUAAUAAAUCUCUCGCCCAUUGUUCACACGCGCGUACAAGCUGCUGGAAUGUGGCAAGCUUUACUGGAAGAAGGUGUCCUGGUACAUGUGAACAAGGAACAGCCCUUCAAGGAUAAGUGCUUCCUGUAUCGAUUUCGUGUGGACGAGGAUGGCUCAAGUGGUGGCCCACCAACUACAGACGAUAUCAAUUCAGCAAAUGAUCACAUAAGGGAAGCACUCAGUGGUUUAUUGCACAGAGGACCAGAUGCCACACUACGCAUGAUACUGCGGAAACCCUCGCAUGAACGCACCCAGGAGGAAUUGGAGCUGGUCUUCGAGGAACUCCUCCAUAUAGCUGCCCUUUCGCAUCUUUCCACGUCCAUUAAACGAGAACUCGCAUCGAUUAUUGUUUUUGAAUCCCAUCCGGCAGCUGGAACUGUCUUAUUCAACCAGGGCGAUGAGGGUAGAUCGUGGUAUAUUCUCCUAAAGGGUUCCGUGGAUGUUGUGAUACACGGAAAGGGAACUGUGGCAACGCUCAAAGAGGGUGAUGACUUUGGAAAAUUAGCACUCAUUAACGAUGCACCCAGGGCUGCAACCAUAGUGCUGAAGCAAAAUAAUUGUCACCUCCUGCGGGUGGAUAAGGAGCAUUUUAAUCGAAUUUUGCGGGACGUUGAGGCAAACACAUUGAGGCUGCAGGAGCAUGGAAAGGAUGUAUUAAUAUUGGAGAGGGUAGCUAAACAACGAGGACAUGCUGCAUAUAAAUAUACCGUCAUGUCGGGCACACCACAGAAAAUGCUGGAGCACCUUCUGGAGACCCGCCUGGGCGGUCAAGUGGGACCAAAUGAUCCAUUUCUGGAUGACUUCCUCUUGACGCACAUUGUCUUUCUGCCUGUUCACAUGCUAGUCGACGAACUUGCCAAUCAUUAUCAUAGUGAUUUAGAGAAUGAAGGCGAUGGCUCACCGAGUGUGGAGGAUCGUGAGUAUUUGCUCACGUGCAAGCGGCGAGUGGUGCAAUUUGUGCACAAAUGGGUGGUAGCUGUGCGGAAUGUUGUUUUCGAUGACCCCGUGGCUGUGGAUUUUAUUGAGGAGCUGGCCAGCGAAGUGGAGGCCGAUCCCGAACUCCAGGAGGAGGCGAGUGUUAUGCAUCACGUACUGUCGCAAAUAGCUCGUUACCAGGAGGAUAGGAAUAUGCACAACGGUCAAAAGUGGAAGUUGCCACCGAAUGGGCAACCCAUUUGUCUCUUCAGUGGCAAUCCAUCAGCCACCCGUACACUCAUACGACCAGAUGAUGACAUCAUCUUCCGGGUUUACUGUGCUGACCACACGUACUGUACACUACGAUUCCCCAUUGCGGCCACCGCGGAAAUGAUUAAAGCCUGUGCCUCGGACAAAUUGCAACUCAAUCGAGCUGCGGAUGAUUUGUACCUGGUGGAGGUGAAGUCUAAUGGGGAACGAUCUGUCUUCAAAGACAACGACGUGAGUGUUCCCACGGCGCUUAGUCUCAAUGGGCGACUCUUUGUCUCACCCAAGGACCAUCUAGAUGCAAUGACACCACUACCGGAACAGGAGACUGCAACGGAAGGUUUGGACAUAGAUAUUGAGGUACUGAGCACCAAAGAAUUAGCAUUUCACAUGACACUCUUCGACUGGGAUCUCUUUUGGGCCGUUCACGAAUAUGAAUUGCUCUACCACACCUUUGGACGACAUCAUUUUGGCAAAAUUACGGCAAAUUUGGAUGUUUUCAUCAGGAGAUUCAACGAAAUACAGUACUGGGUUGUCACGGAAAUCGUUCACACAGCGAGUCUCAGCAAGAGAGUUUCCCUCCUGAGGAAGUUUAUAAAGUUGGCGGCUUAUUGCAAGGAAUAUCAGAAUCUCAAUGCAUUCUUCGCCAUUGUCAUGGGAUUAUCGAACAAUGCAGUGUCUCGUUUGACACAGACAUGGGAUAAAAUCCCAUCCAAGUUCAGGAAAAUCUUCACGGAGUUUGAAGCUUUAAUCGAUCCAAGUCGGAAUCAUCGAGCGUACAGGAUGUUUGUUGGGAAACUGCAACCGCCAUUGAUCCCCUUUAUGCCUUUACUCCUGAAGGACAUGACGUUUGCCCAUGAGGGAAAUAAAACAAGCUUGGAUGGGCUGGUGAACUUCGAGAAGAUGCACAUGAUGGCUCAAACAAUGCGAACAAUACGUUUCUGUAGAUCUCGCCAUUUAGUUCUGGAUCCACCAUCGCCGAAAAGUGAAGGAGAAGUACGUUCUUAUAUCAGUUGCUUCCGUACCAUCGACAAUCAACGCGUGCUGUCGGCGAUGUCACACAAAUUGGAACCAUCGAGGCGAACCUAAUGUGGCCCCACCGACGUAGAUUUCAACACAACCAUUUUACAGGCACAUCUCCCCCUCCUACCUCCCCCCCCACCCUUUUCUACACCCCCAAUUUGCAUUUUCUAAAAUAUAUAUUCUUUCUUACUACCUA